AAUUUCAUGUUGAACAAAAUAAGGCAAGAUCUGACCGUGAAUUUUCAUAGCCUAACUCACAUAAUCCAGGGCCCAACUUGGGUACUAUUUGGGUAAAAUGGGAUCCCGGAUCUUGGAAAUAGGAAAGGAGAAAAAAGAGUGGGUUUUGCUAUUCUACACGCCAAGGUGUGUCCUUGCUGUGCCUAUUCCAUCCCCUGGUGAGGAGGGCAUUUGCUACUCACUGUACCACAUUACAAAUUCUCUCCAAGUACAUCUGCAGACUUCAAUGUGGAAUUUGGUAGAACUUUCUUGAGUGAUUUGACGUGUCUUUUAUCUGGCGUUACUUUAUAAUUUUUAUACUUUUUCAUAAAAAUGAUCUUGGACGCCCAGGUAAAGUUAAAACCAAAGUAAACACAAGAAUUUGAAGCUACAGAAGUGAAUAAAAGAGCACGCAAAAUCCAUCUCAAUUAAAAAAAUGGCUACAUUUUUCUUUUUCUUUUUAAAGUGGGUUAUGGAGAUUGAGAAGCAUAUAUUUGUGGAAAGUAAAGUCUCUUGUCUGGAUGCAAGGAAUCAUUACAACCUUUCUCUCUCUUUUUCUGUUUUGUUUUUGUUUGCUAUUGGGAAAUGAACCCGGGACCUUCUUGUUGUCCUGCGAGAGCCUGCUCAUGGAACAAGGUUCAGGAGCUCGGACUGGGAGGGAUGUGUUGGGUGGUGUCCUGAUCACAGCGCUCCUCAUUGUCCUCACCUACCCUGCCUGGACCCUCAUUGACUGCCUGGACUCAGCCAGCCCCCUCUUCCUUGUGGGCAUCAUCAUUGUGCCUUUUAUCUUGUGCUACAAUUACCCUGUAUCUGAAUACUACAGCCCAACCAGGGCCGACACCACUACAAUUAUGGCUGCUGGGACUGGAAUGAUCGUAGGACUCUGGAUCAACCACUUCUUCCAACUCGUAUCCAAGCCCACUGAACCUCUUCCUGUAAUUCAGAACAUCCCUCCCCUCAUCACCAACAAGUUAGUUUUGAGUCUGACCAAAUUUACAGUGGGAAUUGUGUUGAUCCUCUUGGUUCGUCAACUUGUACAAAACCUUUCGCUGCAAGUACUGUUCUCAUGGUUCAAGGUGGUCACCAGGAACAAGGAGGCCAGGAGGAGACUGGAGAUUGAAGUGCCUUACAAGUUUGUCACCUACACGUCCGUUGGCAUCUGUGCUACAACCUUUGUGCCGAUGCUACACAAGUCCUUGGGAUUACUCUGAGCCUCGGUAGUUGGAUGUAAGAGCCAAGGAAGCUAUUGGGUGUGCAAUAUCAACAGCUCGUUUCUCUUUCAACAAAAACUUAAGUCACACUUCUGUUUUGCUGAAAUCAAACAGUUAAUGCUGCUGUGCAACGAAUGCCGGCAUUAGUCUGUAGCCAUUGCAUUGUAGUUGAAGCCAGGCUGAAACCUACCCGGAGUUCUCUAAAGGUACCCUUCCCUUUCUAUGACAUCACCUUUGAACUAGUCCUGGGCACACAGAAAGUGUGGCCUGGCUCUAGGAUGACAGUAAUCCCCCCUGGGCUCUGGAGAGCCAACAAGAGAAGGAGCAAGGUGGAGGUAGAACAUUCAUUGCUUUGCCCAGGACUGCCUCAUUUCCAAAAUUACAGCUUUGGUAUGGGAGAAAGGGUUGUACCAUAUACACCUGCAUUCUUUGGACAGAGUGACUUCCUAGUGUUACAGCGAAACUAGACCAUGCCUGUGGGGUGGCCAGACCACUUGGAAGAAAGCUUCCUGUGAGGAGAUGACGGCAAGGGCAGAACUGUGAGGCCAUGUGAGGAGCCCGUUUCCCUAGCCCUGCUCUCCAUCUGCCUUGGUCACACAUUUGUAGGAUCUCCAGUUCUACUCCCACAACUUCUGACCCACAAAGUGCCACCUUGACACUGGUGGAUGGAUCUGAGACUUCCUGAGGCUCCUGUUCUCUCCCACGUCAGCCUUCAAGGUCUUCAGUCGCUGAGGCUUUCGUGUGACCUUACAACUGGCAUCUGCCUGUGAAAUGGAGCAACAGAAGCAUGGACCCAUUUGGUCCUUUGGGGUUCUGACCAAGAGGAGAUGGGCCUCCACGACAUGGCCUGGUCCCAGCAAGGCCUCCUUGACAUUCUCCAUGUUUCUGUUAACUUCUAUUAAUUUUCUUUUCUCCUCUCCUAGGUAGACUGAGAGGGUUCCCUCUCUGUCUUCCCACCUCUUAUCUCCUGGCAGCUUUAAGGGUCAUUAAUGCAAAAAAAAAAAAAAAAAAAAA